GGCUCUCAGUGCGCAGGCACGGUUGGUAAAUAAUACGUGGCGUCUGAGGCUGGAGCCGCUCAGAGCGGAGAUGGGCACCGAGCGAGAGAUCUGCAGCUAACCCGGCUGCAUUUGCUCACCCGGCCAGGCAGAGGAGGAGGAGAAGGAGGAGGAAGAAGGGGAAGAGGAAGAGGAAGAGGCGGCGAAUUGGGAUCAGGGAAGAAAGAUGAGUGCUUAUGCGGACAUCUCGGCAUCCAAGCCAGGGCCACAGGGGACCCCGGAGAGUGGUUACCAGCGCUACGGUGUUCGGUCUUACCUGCAUCAGUUUUAUGAGGACUGCACAGCAUCCAUCUGGGAGUAUGAGGAUGAUUUUCAGAUCCAGAAGUCACCCAACAGGUGGAGCUCUGCAUUCUGGAAGGUCGGACUCAUCUCAGGAACAGUGUUUAUGCUUACAGGAAUCAUCGUUCUUGCAGCAGGUUUCAUAGUAUCCCCUAAAAUUGAAGCCCUCGGAGUUGAAGAUUUUGUGGUGGUGGAUACACGUGCUGUUCAGUUUAACAGAGCCCUCGAGGUAUGCAAGUUGGCAGGAGCAGUAUUAUUUUGCAUUGGAGGAACCAUGACGGCAGCCUGCUUGCUCAUGUCCGCAUUCGCGAAAAGCUACUCCAAAGAAGAAAAGUAUCUGCAGCAAAAAUUUAAAGAGAGAAUAGCUGACAUAAAAGCCCAUGCACACCCAGUCACAAAAGCCCCAGCACCGGGAGAAUCCAAGAUACCUGUUACAUUGUCCAAAAUUCAAAAUGUCCAGCCGUUAUCUGAAACCUGAUGUUUUCUCCCAUCUUGUGAAUUUUGUCACGUUUGGCUUUGGCUAGCAAACAAGUCUGUGUUUGCAGUGCAGCAUCAGUAGGAAAAAAGAAGCAGAUUAGGGGGAAACCUGAUGUGAGCAUAGUAAAGACAAGAAGGUGAAGGCUCAGCCAUUAGUGGUUUGCAUAGAGCAUUCCAGUAUCAGGUGUGUGCGUGUGUGUUUAAAAGUCCAUCGAUCUCUUUUGAACCACAAGACUUUGCAAAACACAGGGCAAAUCUCCCCACACCCUGCUUUAGUGUCAAACAUUAGCCAAAUUCACUAGUUAUAGUAAUCAGAAUUCUAUUUCCAAUUAUUGUGAAUGAGUCAGCGUGGUUUUGUAUGCUGCUUGAUCACUCCUGUUUGGCUUGUCCUUUGAUUGGAAAAAAAAUAUCCAAACAGUACCUCUCUGGAAGGUAUGAUCCAAAAACCUUUCUCUUCCCCUGAUAAAGUAGAGUCAUAAACCAUACCUAGUUCUUUGCUUACACAUUUGGCUUAUUGGGAGAGAAGCAUAACAGGGUCUUUGAUUCAUAUACCAUUAUAAAUAAACCACAAAUUGAAGCCAUGUGGUUUGUUUUCCCAUUCAUAUUCACAGUGAGAAUUAUUGGUUACCAGCAUGUUGCUUAUAAAUGAAAGUCGGAGUAUUGAUGGAGCUCUGAAUUAAAAUUAUAUGUAAACUGGGAUAAUUUAUUGUUUUCAGAUCAGUGUCAUAUUUAUAUAUUUUUACUGUAGACAAUAUGAUUCAUGCUCUGAUACAAAACAUAAUUGUAUUGGUAGCCAAACCCUACAAAGGGAUGUGAGUAGCAAUUUACAUCUUUGAAACUUCUACUUCAACUGUGUGUCCUGCCACUAAGGAAGACUCCAUUGUAAACUAAAAAGCCAGUGUCAAGUUCAUCAACAAAAAGCGAGUGUGGUGGAAAAUAAAAUAGACCACCAGCUGAACAAGAUUUUCCCUCAUGCUCAUAAACCCUUAUUCAAUUACAACCAGUGCUUUCUUAUUGCCGUCUGUUUAGUUAAAUCUAAAUGAUAGAUCAUCAAUUUAGUCAUGUUAUGAGUUAUCUCCAGCUUAUCUUGUCAUCAUAAAAAGGAGGAGAGUGAGAGAAUAUGUGCAAAACUUCCUUUAGAUUUUAAGUAAUAGAAUUCCAUACAUUCCUGUAGCACCCUGAGCAUAUUAGUCCCGUAAUAACCACUAAAUGAUCUUCUCUGUAUUAGGCUGUAAUGAAAAAUCACCUGUUGUGAGCUUCACACUUAAUCCUUUGGCCCACACAACCUUAUUUUCCAUUUUACUUCUGAGGUUCUAUUUUUUUAAAUAGUGGGCAGUACUAUUUUAAAAGUGCCAAUUUAUUAUGGUGGUGUAUUUUUGGAAGGAAAUUAAAAUCAGAUUAACUCUGCUGCAGUUCCAAUCACAAAUUCUUUUUAGAUUUUGUUUUGUCACAAAGGAAUAUGUUUGUAUUAGUAAAGAUAAGGACCCUGUCCUGUGCCACGUGUGUACUGUGAUGUGUGUACAGACUUGAUUGAAGUGUACAUAACACUCCUAGGCUCAGACAAGCGACUGCUCUGUUCAUGGCCAUUAUGGGAGCAAAUGGAAAGAAAUGCACACACAGAUCUGCCCUCAUCAUCUUCCACACAUUUCUGGAUUGGGAAUUAUUUAUAUCAGAUUGUGGCCAAUCAACAAAGCAGCAAGCAUUAUCUCCCUCCGGUUGUGUUGAGUACAAACUAUUUUUGCACUUUGAGCUCAGUUUACAACAAUUUAAGUAAGCCAAAGAUGAUGGGGAAAGUGGGAGGAUGAGAGAGAAACUUGGGCUUUUUAAACCUAUUUAAGAAAGUGGGAUUGCAGAAGAUUAAAUAAAUGGUCCUUGCUGAAUCAGGACAGUUGAUGAGCAUAAGACCGAACAUAAGAUACAUACUAUUCUGCCCUCCAAGACAGGGGAAGUUAGGGCAUUGCCACCAGCAUCUGCUACCUGCGGUGGUUUCCUCAGUCUGCCUGAUGGUAGGGCUGGCCCUGCAUAUCCCUACAAGGCAUCUCUCUCCUAAUUCUUGCCCCAUUUACUGUAAUAGGUCUAUUACUGGAAAAGUCACUGUUAGACCAUGUCUAUUUUUAAAUAUAAAAUAUUCUUCCUUAAACCCAGCUGCCUGACCUUAAAAGAAAUUAUCAGAUGUUACACUUCUAUUUUUUCUAGAUAAUAGAGAAAGCUUAUCCUUAACCAGAGUAUAGCUAUGUAAAUGCUUACCUACAAAUUUGUUCUUUCAAUAAAAGUAUAAGUUGUCUUUAUCUCAAAAAGAUACAGUUAACCUUAACUCUUUAGCCUAUGACUCUAAAACAAAACUGUAAAAAAAUGAAAUGUGAACUUUGUAUUCUUUGACGACGUGCGCCCAAUGUCUGUCUCUCUCUUUUUUAGUGGAUACAAUAAAAUUAUUAAGAUCUGG